UUCCAGGCAAUGUGUUCGUGAUAGCAGCCAUCCUGAUGGAACGCAACCUCCAGAACGUGGCUAACUACCUCAUCCUUUCUUUAGCCGUAGCUGACCUCUUGGUUGCUUGCCUGGUCAUGCCUCUUGGAGCGGUCUACGAGGUCAGUCAAAGAUGGACUUUGGGACCAGAACUGUGCGAUAUGUGGACCAGUAGUGACGUGUUGUGUUGUACCGCCUCCAUCUUGCAUCUUGUUGCGAUAGCGCUUGACAGAUAUUGGGCUGUAACAAACAUCGAUUAUAUCCAUCAGCGUACCUCAAAAAGGAUCGGCCUAAUGAUCCUGGUGAUUUGGUGCGUGUCCUUUUUAGUAUGCAUCGCUCCAUUGUUAGGAUGGAAAGAUCCAGAAUGGGAGGAGAGAGUGAAUGAUGAGAAAUGCAUGAUUAGUCAAGAUAUUUACUAUCAAAUAUUCGCAUCAGUUUCGUCGUUCUACCUGCCACUAGCUGUCAUAUUGGUUCUGUACUGGAGGAUAUUCCAAACAGCAAGGAAACGCAUAAGACGAAGACAAGCCAUAAGGACGGCGGACGAUCCUAAUGCGAAAAGUAUUGCAGCGGGUGGAAUCGCCGGAGGCUUAGCUGCAGCAAGCGGUACAGGUGGCAUUGCAGCAGCAGUAGUAACAGUAAUAGGUCGUCCUUUACCUACAAUUAGUGAAACAACCACAGCCUUUACGACUGUGUCCAGCGCUCAGAGUAGUCCUGAAAAGACCUCGUUCGCGAACGGUCUUGAAGCUGAGCUACAGAGAAGCGCACCUUCAGCUUCGGCCACAGCUGCAGCUGUUGUGCAGGUAAAUAGCGAAUUAGUGGAAGCUAUCAGGUCAAAACUUGAUAGAUACAACAUACAGUUAUAG